AUGGGGUAUCGAGACCCAAACAACGACCACGAUCACGCGGAGCAUCCCCACUGGGGCGAUUUCAAGCACAGAUCCUACCACGAGCACGAUACCUCGACCAGCCAGGCGAGCUCGUCGGCUGCGCCAACACCAACCACUGCUACUUCAGAUCCGCCUCCUUCGACGACUAGUACCACCUCUUCGACUUCGCCAUCUCCAAGCUCGAUUUGGAACCUUGUUGAGUCUUUCACUGGACAGUCAUUCUUCAACGGGUUCACCUUCUGGGACGAGACAGUUGACGGCGGUGACCCGACGCAUGGUCUGGUUGACUACGUUGGCUACCAAACCGCGCAAGACCUCGGCCUAGUCAGCAUCAACCAACAGCAACACGCCGUUAUCUCCGUCUCCACCGCUGCAAUAAACAGCACCGUUUCCCGCCCUUCGAUCCGGAUCAGCACUACGCGCACCUUCACGGGUGGGCUUAUCAUCGCAGAUAUCUACCAUAUGCCUACCGGGUGUGGCACUUGGCCUUCAUUCUGGACUUGUGGACCCAACUGGCCACAGGGAGGAGAGAUAGACAUCAUCGAAGGCAUACAUCAGGCGUCGAUCAAUACCGCGAGUAUACAUACAAACCCAGGAUGCUAUAUGCCCGCGAAUUAUGGUGCAAGCGGGAGCUUGCUCACGCAGCCGCCGACGGGACUGGACUGUUCUGCAGCGGAUACGAACGAUGCUGGGUGCGGGUUAAUCGCUAGUGGGCAGAACACAUACGGGGCAGGGUUCAACACUGCCGGAGGGGGAGUGUAUGCUAUGCAAUGGGACGAGACGGGCAUAUACUCGUUCUUCUUCCCACGCGGAACGACCCCUGCGGACAUUACAUCCGGGUACCCGAACCCGUCCUCUUGGGGCGAACCCGUUGGUGCUUGGCCUGCGAGCACUUGCAACCCCUACCAGUUCUUCUACAACCAUGUGGCUAUAUUCGAUACUACACUAUGCGGAGACUGGGCGGGCGCGGCGUGGUAUGGUACUCCCCUAGGGCAGAGCCAGAAUUGUGCCCAGAUCACGGGUUACUCGGACUGUAACAGUUAUGUAACAGCGAACGGGAGCGCGUUUGCCCAGGCUUAUUGGGAAAUCGCGAGUGUGGCGCUGUAUCAAAAAGCAGGCCAGGGUGCAUAG